GGCAGAUCGAAGUCAUUUGUGAAGACGACCAUGAGCGAGAAGGAAUAACUGAGCGCGUGUCGGAGUUUUUUUUUAAACGGCAGUCUUAAGUGCAACAUCAUGAUAAAUUUCGUAUCGAUAUGGAUUCUGCCCGUUCUGGCGUUCUCGUUGGUGACAGGAGAAAUUAUAGAGCGCGACAGGAGGGCUUUGAUGCUAGGGUGCCAUAAACGAGUGUUCACCUACCGGGUAUCGCAAUCAGAUAGCAAGGGGCGCGAAUGUUGGGACCACGUGAGUGUCUGGUCCUGCCACGGGCGAUGUGACUCGAACGAAAUUUCGGACUGGCGAUUCCCGUACAAACGGUCACACCAUCCGGUUUGCAUGCACGCAGGGCGGACCAGAUCGGUGGCAACCUUGAGGCACUGCCAUCCGGAGGCGGAUGCUGAGACGAAGCUCUACGAGUAUAUGGAACCCAAAUCUUGCAGCUGCCAGACAUGCAGUAGUAUGGACACGAGCUGUGAAGGGCCGAAGCAGCUUAAUACUGACGCGGUGACGAAAAUUUUCCAAAUCGAAGAGGAAGAAACAGACACAGAGUAUAACUGAGUGAAAAUGGUGUUGUUUGAGAUUACUAUUCCGUAGCAUUCGCAUUAAUAUUAUUAAUCAUUUGUAAUGGUGGCCAAUUUUCAUUAUUCAUAAUUAAGUGUUGUUUUGUAAAUAAAGUUUAAAUUAAAUUACGUGUUAUUCACACAAUCUAGAUAUUUAUUUUGUUCUUAUAUGGUAAAAAAUAUGAAAUAUCUUGUGACAAAUUUUUGUGACAGUAGUUGUAAUAUAAGCUAUUUGAAGUUGGUCGGAUCGUUU